CUCCCCUGGCGACUGCCUGGACAGGCAGCAAGGAGUUGUCUCCCAGUGCGUUUUGCCCUCCUAGCUGCCAACUCUGGCUGCUAAAGCGGCUGCCACCUGCUACAGUCUGUUACAUAGCCUCGGGAAGAGGAAAGAGACCUCGGACCUUCCAGAUUGCUUUCUCUAGCAAGAAACUGUCACAGAGUUUCGCUCUUGCUGCCGAGGUUGAAGUGCAAUGGUGUGAUCUCAGCUCACUGCAACAGCACCCUCCUGGGUUCCAUCAAUUCACCCUCCUGAGUAGCUGACACUACAGGAAUAAAGAUGGCUGCUGAACCAGCAGAAGACAAUUGCAUCAAUUUUGUGGCAAUGAAAUUUAUUGACAGUACACUUUACUUUAUAGCUGAAGAUGAUGAAAACCUGGAAUCAGAUUACUUUGGCAAGCUUGAAUCUAAAUUAUCAAUCAUAAGAAAUUUGAAUGACCAAGUUCUCUUCAUUGACCAAGGAAAUCGGCCCCUAUUUGAAGAUAUGACUGAUUCUGACUGUAGAGAUAAUGCACCCCGGACCAUAUUUAUUAUAAAUAUGUAUAAAGAUAGCCAGCCUAGAGGUAUGGCUGUAGCCAUCUCUGUGAAGUGUGAGAAAAUUUCAACUCUCUCCUGUGAGAACAGAAUUAUUUCCUUUAAGGAAAUGAAUCCUCCUGAUAACAUCAAGGAUACGAAAAGUGACAUCAUAUUCUUUCAGAGAAGUGUCCCAGGACAUGAUAAUAAGAUGCAAUUUGAAUCUUCAUCAUACGAAGGAUACUUUCUAGCUUGUGAAAAAGAGAGAGACCUUUAUAAACUCAUUUUGAAAAAAAAGGAUGAAUUGGGGGAUAGAUCUAUAAUGUUCACUGUUCAAAACGAAGACUAGCUAUUAAAAUUUCAUGCUGGGCGCGGUGGCUCACGCAAAUAUUUUAUUGACUUAAAUGAGGGAAAGUCUGUUAGCUUUUGUGAAAGUUCAUUCAUUUCUUAAUGAUGUUUUUCAAGACCAGUAUUUAUUUUAUUUCACCAUUACAAUUAUAGACUAAUAAUCUCAUAAU